UAACACGUGUAGAUCUCCACGCAUGCGCAAUCUAAUUGCAAUCUGAACUCUUGACUACGGACAGUAUAUAAACCCUCGUCUCGGUUCCUGGGUUAGAUGUCCUAUACAAGUACGCGAAUAUGGGCCUCAAUACGUAUUUGCUGCUUCUCCUUGGGACAGUUUCUCUCCUGGAUGCCGCAUGUCCGCUUGUUCCACCAAUUACAAACUUUGACCCAGACAGGUUUGGAGGCCUCUGGUACCAGGUGGAAUGGUUAAACACAGGACCAGCGUCGGCCUUUCAGGCACAAACUAGAUCAUGUAUGACGGUCGACUACACUCAUACCGGAAACGGAAGCUUCACGGCAGUUGUAAAUUGGAACACCGAGAUUGGACCAUUACUUAUCCCAUUUUCAUCAAACCAAUACCUUACACCUGCUGAUCCGAAUUUCCCAAACUACUUCUUCACAGGAGUUAACGGGUUGAUGAGUAGGGAACCAAACGUGUUCAUCUUGGACACAGACUAUACUAGACACGCAAUCCUUUACACGUGUACAGAUUUAGUAUUUGGAAUACAAGAAUAUGGGUGGAUAAUACACAGAAGGAAAAUUGGUUUCACCGACCGCAGAAGAACCAAAAUCUUGGGAGAAUUGAGUUCCAAACUUGGGAUAACGUUCGUUGACCCGGGACAGUUCAACUUUGUUGGCCAGAAAUGCAGUGGACUUGGUAAUUUUAGCACUCCCACACCUUAAUUCGGUGAAAACCAACUCAUGCACAUUAUGAGAUGCAUUAUGAAAAUAAAUGAAAUGCAUAACAA